ACGGGCCCGGAGCCGGGAUGCCAGAGGGACCAUCUGUGAGGAAGUUCCACCGCUUGGUCUCCCCCUUUGUGGGGCAGCAGGUGGUCAAGACAGGGGGCAGCAGUCAGAAGCUGACCCUUGCCAGCUUGCAGUCUCUGUGGCUCCAAGAUACACAGGUCCAUGGAAAAAAAUUAUUCCUUAGAUUUGAUCCAGAUGAAGAACUUGGUUCCCUUGGCAACAUCUCACUGCCAGAGUCUCUAGAAAAAGGAGAGAGGAAGGAGGAGGUCCAGGACCAAAAGCAGGCCUCGGGGCUCAGCAGCCAGAAUACUUCUCAGCCGCCCUCUCAGUCCCUGGAGCAUGUUGCUCCCAGUGGAGACAGUGGUUUGGAGGGUUUGUGGGGAGAUGCUGCUGUGGGAGCUGCGGAGAGGUGGCUGCAGGUCAGCUUUGGUAUGUUUGGCAGCAUUUGGGUGAACGAGUUCUCCAGAGCGAAGAAAGCAAACAAGAGGGGCGAUUGGAGGGACCCCAUUCCAAGGUUGGUCCUGUACUUUGGUGGUGGCGGCUUCCUGGCAUUCUAUAAUUGUCAGAUGUCUUGGAGCUCUUCCCCAGUGGUCAGACCUGCCUCUGACAUCUUGUCGGAAAAGUUUGAUCGACGACAAGCCUUGGAAGCUUUGAGCCAGGAGCAGCCUGUCUGCUAUACCCUGUUGGACCAAAGAUACUUCUCAGGCUUAGGGAACAUCAUUAAGAAUGAAGCCUUGUACAGAGCAGGGAUCCAUCCCCUUUCUCUCGGCUCGCUCCUCAGCCAUCAGCACCUCGAGGCCCUCGUGGAUCAUGUGGUGGAGUUCAGUGCAGACUGGCUUCAGGACAAGUUUGAGGGCAGACAGCAGCACCCGCAGAUCUACCAGAAAGAACAGUGCCCUGGGGGACACUGGGUCAUGAGAGAGGCGUUUGGGCCUCCGGGUGGCUUCCAGAGGCUCACAUGGUGGUGCCCACAGUGCCAGCCCAGGUUGUCUCCUGAUGAGCAAGGGCAGGUCCAGCUCUCCUAGGGGACUCCCGCCUGUCUUCACAGAACCUGGCCCUUGAGGGGCUGUGAUUCCUGAAUGUCCAGAGGGCGGGUGUUGUCAGUGCUUGGGCUUGGCUACAGGAAUAGAGGGUGGGGGGAUGGGUGUCAGGACUGUUGCAAGCCUGUCUCACUGGACUUGGGUUGAAGGCUGUUCCUACAGGGUUAGAUGUUUUUUUGCUUCUCUCAUUUCUGUUAAUUCUUCCAUCUAAUUCUGCCAUUGUGGAAGAUGAUGAAAAGUCAUGAGGACGGUACAGGGAAACACCUCCCAGUGGGGCACUGAAAUGAAAGUGCCUGAAAAACAGCUCUGCCUCCACAUUGCUUUGUAUGUGCUUGGUUUUGUGUUUGAAACCUUGGUUGGUUGUAAGGCUCUCCAUUUGAGAAAUGGGACAACAGAAGCCUCUUUCUUUGUUCCCCUGGGGGGAUCCAGGGGUGAGGAUGAGUUGCACACGAGAGGAGGCUGAGGCUGACUCAUCCUCCUGCGUGGAUCCUUACCCAUGGGAUGGAGAUCCCGAGAGAAGGGCCAGAAGAGGAGAGGGACCAGGGAAUUGGUCACCUUCCUGCUGUGCCCAGUGGGCUUUAGAAAAAAGCUACUUCUCUCUACAGUAAGGUGAUAUUUUUGUGAUUGUUGGUGUGUUGAACAGUGCAGGAAUCAAGGGUGGUAGAGACACACUGUCAGGUUGUUAGUGACAGCCAGAAGAAAGUAGGACAGUGACAUGAAAAUA